AAAUAACCAACUGGUUUCUAUGUGUUCUUCCGGCUUACAUGUUAAGGGGGAAAAAAAGAAAAGACGAAUGGAAAAAUUGUAAUCCGCAAAAACGACCAUUGCUUAGUCCUGUAGCGGUUACGGUCAAAAGUACCUCGGAUGAGUUCACAACAAUUCCCCAGACACGGGCUGCCUGCGGUCAGCGUGGGUGCAGCUCAGAUCCCAGCUACUGCAAACCUGGUCCCUGUCAACCAGCCCCCCAACCCUUCAGGAUCAGCUGGAGAUGGGAAUGGCAACCGUGAAAGUGAGCACGCUCAGCAGGACCACCCGCUUACCACUGGAGGGUCAACCUUAGCUUUCAGAGAUGACAAGCAGGAGACUAUGGUGGUCCGACCUUACCCGCAGGUCCAGAUGCAUGGGCAGCCGCAAGCUUCUCCCCAGACUGUUUCCAUCCAACCUGGAGCACCUGUGACCUUACCUGCACCCACUGUCCACCUCCCACAAGGCCGACCUGCAGUUCUCACCGAUGGGCAAAUGAAGCCUGUCCUUAAGCCACCCAUUCCAAGUCGUCUGAUUGCUCCAGCACCGGCUUCCAACCAAGCUCAUAUACCUAAGGUGGCGAGUCACAUUACGGUGACCAUAGAGAGCACGAUGCCCACCACCCCAUCUAUCCCCGUGGCAACCAUCAGUGGUCAGCAGGGGCACUCCAGCAACGUGCACCACCUGAUGCCAACUAACAUUCAUAUUAUAAGGAGUUCUUCUCAGGCCUACCCAUCUCAUUUACCUCCAGGCCCCGCAGCAGCAGCUGUCCUGUCCAGCUCCAAAACGGUCCUGCGGCCCGCCACAGGAGCAGCUGCAGGCGCCGGCCCGCCUACAGUGCAGCACAUCAUCCACCAAACUAUUCCUUCCCGUCCUGCUGUAACAACCUCCACUGCUGUCCUCCCAACCGUGGUGGCACCCAUUUCAGCUACUAGAACUCAGUCUCCGGUGAUCAGUCCCACAGUCACUCACUCUGAAGUCACACAUGGGCGUCCUGCGUUGACCAUCCACCCUCCUGCUACUGUCAGUAUCCAGAGGCCUCAGACGUCACGUGACUCUGCCACACGAAUCACUCUGCCGUCGCACCCUGCGAUCGGAGCUCAAAAAGCCCAGCCGCCGCACACCAUGGCUCAGAAACCCAUCUUCAGUACCGUGACUCCUGUCGCCGCAGCAACAGUGGCACCAAUAGUCGCUACAAACACUGUGCCAUCGACAACUACGAUAGGUUCUGUACCUCAUACCCAAAUGACCAGCAACACUAUUGUCACCAUGACAAUGGCGUCCCACUCUUCCCAUGCUACAGCAGUGACUACGUCCACCAUCCCCGUUGCUAAAGUGGUCCCACAGCCGAUUGCCCACUCUUCAUCCCGCGUCCAGGCUGAAUACCCUGGAGAGAGAGCCAACCUCAUCCCCAUUCCAGGACACAGGUCUUCUCCGAACCCCGUCACCAUGGAAACCAGAAAUGACAACAGAUCUUCUGUACCGGUGCAGUUCCAGUAUUUCCUCCCUGCAUACUCUUCAUCAUACCCUCUGACACACACAUACACCCCCAUCAGCAGCUCUGUGUCCACCAUCCGCCAGUAUCCAGCCCCCCCUCAAGCUCCAAGUUCAGCCCUGUCUGCUCAGGCUGGAGUGGGCGUGGCCACCACCGUUCACCUUAACCCCAUGCAGCUGAUGGCGGUAGACCGGAUCGGCCUCCCGUCUGCCCAGAUUAGUACCCAGGGGAUCCAGCCGGCACCAAUCACUGCCCAGGGCAUACAGCCCGCACAGAUCGGCGUACAGAGUCUGCACACGUCUCCGUCCAUCGCUGCACAAGGAGUUCAGCCGGCACCGAUAGUCACACAGCAGCAACAACAGCCGCAGUCGGAAGCAAAGCCAGGUGUCGUUUUGGCUGAUGGCUUUGUAGCGAGCCCCAUCAGCACCACGUUUGGCACCACCCAGCCUGUAGCUACCAUGGUGCAGGCUCACGCCCAGGGGAGUGGAGGAGGAGGAGGCGGCGGCGGCGGAGGAGGAGGAGGAGGAGGAACUCCCACUUCGGGUUCCUCGCCUCGACCCAGCAUCCUCCGAAAGAAACCUACGACUGAAGGAUGUGUUCGUAAGAACCUUAUCCCCAGUGAGCCCGGCAUUUCCAGGAUCGAUGGUGGCGUUAGAGGAGCAGGAUCUCCCCGGCCUGCAGGAGUGAAGCCUAAAGCGGAGGUCCACAUGGCUGUGGCUCCCCCAGUCAUGGCUACAGUAGAACCAGCUGCGGGAGGAGAGCAGCAGCCCUCCAACCCCCAACACCUGAGCCAAGCCAUCCCCACACUGCUGGCCACGCCCGGGCCCGUGCCUCCCUCCCAGCCCUCCACUGUCCUCUCCCUGCCAGCAGCCAUGGCCGUCACACCCCCUGUUCCUGCUUCCAUGGCUAACACCGUGGCCUCCCCCACCCAGCCUGCAGCCAGCAGCACUGCAUCCUGCGCCGCCAGCUCCACCUGCCCGGAGAUCAAAAUCAAGCAGGAGGCGGAGACAAUGGACACCUCGCUGCCGGAUCCCAAUGUGACUUUAUCCUCAGCGCCGCCCAUCACUACCCAGGCAAACAUGCUGAACCCUCCUGCUACAGGAGACAUGGUCCCGGGAGCCUCCCCAAGGAAGAAACCCCGCAAACAGCAGCAUGUCAUCUCCACCGAGGAGAGCGAGAUGGUGGAAACAAACAGCACAGACGAAGAGAAGGUCCCGGGGAGGCCCAUCACAGGCAGGGCAGAGAGGCGUGAAUCCCCGCCAAGGGAAUACGUCGAUGAAGAAGGAGUUCGAUAUGUGCCAGUCAGGCCCCGCCCCCCCAUCACUCUGCUGCGGCACUACCGUAACCCCUGGAAGGCUGCCUACCAUCACUUCCAGAGGUACAGCGACAUCCGGGUCAAAGAGGAGAAGAAGUGCAGCUUGCAGGAUAUGGCUAAUCAGAGAGGAGUGGCAUGCAGGGCACAAGGCUGGAAAAUUCACCUGUGUGCCGCACAGCUCAGACAGCUGUCAAGUUUGGAGCAUGACGUCUACAGCCGUCUCUCCACCCUCCAAGAGGGCCUUAUUCCAAAGAAGAGAGCGGGCUCGGACGAUGACCUACACCGAAUCAACGAGCUCAUACAGGGCAACAUGCAGCGCUGUAAGCUGGUGAUGGACCAAGUAACGGAGGCCAGAGACACCAUGAUGAAGGUACUCGACCACAAGGAGAAGGUGCUGAAGCUGCUGAACAAGAACGGGACCGUCAAGAAGUCCUCCAAACUCAAGCGCAAAGAACGAGCAUAGGGAGGCGCGAGGCACUCGUCCGUGCAGCCGCCACUGCCCCUCCCCUUCUGAGAGAGGCGAAGUAGCUGCUCUGAAUUCUGGUGCUAUGAUUUGCUGCAUACAAUCGCACGCGCCCUCCCUCACUGCCUGUGAUUGGACGGAGAGAAUCCAGCGGGAAGGCUUCAGCGACCAGAGAAGCUGAUCCAGACAGCGUUCUCAUAAUGACACAUUGAACUCUCUGAGCCUGAAGCAUAAUAGGCUGUAUUAGUUUGGACGAAAAAAAAUACAAAAACUGAUUUUCUUUAAAGACUCACAAGGCUUUUUUAAUAUUUGUUUCUGUCUCUUCUGUUAGGACAGUUCAAAGAUGUAAUAAUUGGCAUGCAGAUGCAGUAAGUCUGACUGGAACAUUUUGAGUUCAUCUCCUCAGAAGUAUGGAUUUUAUUUUAGCCCAGUUUAUUCACUACUUUUGGCUGUGCUCAGUCUGUGCCUUUAUUUUGUUAGCGGAACUGAAUCGGACGUUGAAAUGUGCGAGCUGCACCACAUUUCAAAUUAUUCCAUUUAUUACUGAUGGUAACUUUUGUUUUUGUAUACAUUUAUUUUGAAAGGUCACACAUUUACCCUCUUAUCAGCCCCAAGUCUAGCUGUGAUUUUCAAAUCUAAAUGACAAUAUUUGUAUGGGUUUAAAAACCUUAGGGUGGCAUGUUAAAAGAAUUUAUUAUAGUUAAAAAAAACAAAACAAUCCCUAAUGUCCUUAGUUUUUACAGCGAAAAUGCUGAGAUUUUGAGCAGUCAUCUUUAAUUACGCUUUAAGAUGAAUAGAUGUUACAGCAGUUAGAGGUCGUUUGAUUUGGUUUGACAGCGCAGUGUUUAAAACAGAAGAACAACAGAAGCUAACUGGCUUGGUGUGAUCACAGCGAAACGCUGACUUCAUGUAAAUCACUGUAAAUGUGCUCUUGGUUUUCAUCCACCUGGUUCCUUUCAAGUUUUUGUACCUGAAGAAAUAGUUUUGUGUUGUGAGUGUUGCGCUGCUUCAUUGCUGCAGAGUGUAACCAUUUUGAAGUUGCAGAAUGAAGCAGGCCUGAAAAUAUAUCUAGACACUGUACAUUGUUUUUGUCUGUGUAAUUAUAGUAAAGAUACUCA